AUGGCUAACCCUGUCUCUUCAGCUGCAGGAGCCAACCUUUUGGAUGCUGAAGCUCCACUCUUAAAAGACGUCGUUCAUGGCUUCGUCGACUUCAAAGGUCACCCUGUUACCCGAUCCGGAUCCGGGUGUUGGAAGUCAGCUUUCUUCAUCAUAGGUGUUGAAGUUGCAGAGAGAAGUGCAUACUAUGGAAUACUUUCAAAUUUGAUAAGCUAUUUGACGGGUCCGUUAGGCCAAUCCACUGCAACAGCAGCUGCAAAUGUGAAUGUGUGGACUGGAACGGCCAUGCUACUGCCGCUUUUGGGUGCUUUUGUGGCUGACUCCUUUCUUGGUCGAUACUUGACCAUUAUUAUUGCCACUGGACUCUAUAUCCUGGCACUUGGUGUUAUGUCCAUAUCUGCUGCUUGA